GGCAGCAUUUGUGCUCAGAGUGCGGACUGCGUGCUCUCUCGCCGUCGUGCACCAGCUGAGAAGAGAUCGAGCACGCUGGCGCAGCCGGGAGCCAAGCGGCUGCACCCUAGAUUGUACCCUCUCGUAGCGCUACCCGUCGCAACUAGCUUGCUGGCAUCGCAGCGGUACCCAAGAUUGAUGUCAGUUCGACUUGCGGCACCCGUCGCGACGCCAGCCGCAGAGGCACUGCAGUCCGACGUAAACGGAUUGCUCGCGCCGUACGGCGCACCGGCGCUGGGCGUGCCUGCAGACGUGGCCGCCGCCGUCGACGCGAAGUGCCUCGAACUUGAACAGAGCACAACGAAGCCGCCGCUCGAGGCGCUGGACGGGGCGUGGCGUGUCGUAUAUAGUAACGCGCCGUCUCCGAGCAACGGCGCGCUGGGCCCGCUGCGCGGCGACGGCUUGCAGAUCGUCGACGUCGCGAAGCGGCGCUACGCGAACGAAUUGCGCUUGUUCGGCGGCAACGCCCGCGUCACCCUGGAAGCGACGUUCGCGGGCUCGAACGAGGAGCUGCGCGUGACAUUUCGCAGCAUCAGACUCGUGUUGUUUGGCAAUCAAAUUUUUGAAAAGCAAUUCCCGCCGGGCGUCGAGCGCACGUGGUGUCUGAGUUACACCGACGCGUCGUGCCGCGUCGUGCGCGCCGGCGUGGACGGCGGUAGAUCAAUCGUCCGCGAGGCAGGGCUCGUCGAUAAGAACGCGGGCGAAGCGAAGGAUGCCUAUUUAUUCUUUAUGGAGCGCGCGCCCGACUACGUCGCGGACUAA